GGAAUAAAACAAUUGAUUACAUGCUUCUAAAAAUUGAGGAAAAGCUGAGUGAAUUCACAAGGAUGUUGGUUCAAUUUAUGAAAUUCCAAAUUUUACGGGAUAUAUUUAGACAUCGUGUUUAUGAAUUAAAAGAAAAAUGAGGUUGAAGAAAGAAAACAUGUGGCGUGGCUUUAAUUUUAUAAUGAGAUAGGAAUUUCUCUCACUACUAGUAGUAGUAAUUUAAUCUGUUGAAUUGAUCCAAACUUGCAAGCAAGGUAUUUUUCAAAGCAUCAAAAUCAGAGUUACUUACAAAGCAAACAUAGUCCUAAUCACAAAAAUUACUGCCUCUUCAUCACGCUUUCUCCUUUAUGAAUUCAAUGCUCCCACACAACUACCAAGUCCAUAACCUACCACCUUUUUUCCUUCCACGCCUUAAACUGCAUAUUUUCCUUUCUUUCUUUCUUGAAAUAUUCAACAUUAGAGUCCAUUAAAUUAACCCAUAACUGCAUCUGUACAAACUUCAUCAUUCGUAGUAAAAAGAUUGAAUUCUUAAUGGGUGGCCAACAAAAGAAGAUUAGUCAAAGAGCAAGGGAUCAUGUUAUGGGUUUCAAAGUUUCUCACAAGCCUGCAGGGUUUGACCUUAUGCAGAACUGUGAUCUUCCUCCUCCUUCCAAGGUUUUUCUAGGUCCAGAUAAGACCGUCAUAUUUUCCAUGAAUAGGGUCUGUAACAUUUCAGGCAAAGAAGAAGAGCAAGAUAGCAAACAGUAUGGUACUUACCAGCUCGAAAAUGGUGAUGAUGAAAAGGAUAAAAUGAAGCUUCUUAAAGCGCUGGAAGCAUCUCAAACACGGGCCAGAGAGGCAGAAAAGAUGGCUGCAAUUCUAAGAAAAGAAAGGGAUGGUCUCUCUAUUGCUCUGUUGGAAGAGGCCAUGCAGUUGUUUGCUUGUCGCCAACAGAUGAGAUUGCUUGAGCUUCAAGUUUUGAAACUGCAACAACCCCUUUGGCUGCAGCAACAACCAGCAAUGUCGAUGUUUGGUUGCUAUGCCAGAUCUUCAGAGAGAACUGUAGGAUUUCCCAAUGAAGAUGGCCACGAUGAAAAAACCACUAGUGUUACAUGGGUUCUGGCUUUGAUUUUUUCAUUGGGAAUUGGGGUUGCCAGUGCCCUUGCUUGGGGAUACUAGUCUUGUUGCUAUUGCAUAUGUGUUGUUGAUACAUGAAAGACGGUCUGUAUAUACAAAAUUUUGCUUUAUAUUAAUACUCAAAUAUAAUUUCAUUACCAAUCCAUUGUGCCAAACGAGUAUCACUAUAUUGGUUUACUACCAUUCUGUGCAACGGGUUACUUGUUUACGCAGAAUACUUUGAAUGGUCUUAAUGGAU